AUGACAAAGCAGGCUUCAAGCCAAGCGAAGACAGCACAAACGAACCAAAACCAUCAAAGGAAAGCAGUGGACGACUUAGCCCUUACGGAUAUCGACACCAAAGAUCCGUCUGUAAUUCAAAAGACCAGUGAUUCGCAAGCAGAGUACCCGCGCGUGGCUGUUCGGCGCAUCCCGACGUUUCCGGCUCAUCGAACGUACGACAGCUUCUCUCCCAGCGACUACAACUACGAGAACAUUCAGUCACUGAGACGGCCAUCACCUGUCAAGAUGGACAACGAGGUGCGCUACGCGGAGCUGUCUCUGCCGCGCAGCAAAUACCCAGUGCGCAUACGAGGAGCCGCCGACCGAUUACGCGCAGAUCGAUUUCCAACGGGCCGGCGUGCUGUUCAGCGCCGUGCCGCCGCAGUCCGAAGAGGAGGACCCCUGCGCUGCCGUCGGCUCGGACACGCCGCUCAUGAACAGCCUGCAGCCAAACGUCAGGCACCUAGGAGGAGCGCCAAGCGACCACAAUACGAUAUCGACGCCAGUGUGACAGCAAUGGUGCAACGUAAGUGAGGGCGAGACAGUUCGAAGCUCCCCAUGGUCGUGAAUGUGUCGAUCGUGCAGAGACAAAACAAUUAAAAAAGAAAGCGUGCGAGAGCGGUAUGGUCACACCUGGAGAACCCGCCGACGACGACAGUGGUGCGUGAGUGCAGGUUAUCGAACCCGUGAGAGGACUGCGGAAGUAAGAACAGGGAUGUGGACUACGUGUGACACGAGCUUUCUUUUAUCCCGUCGGGCGAGAACGACACGGGGCAUCUACGCCUGGAGAUGAAGACGUGCACGACCGUCCCGCUGCAGUGAGUGCGACCCCCCUGGCGACGCUGCGACCUUUUUCUGUACAUAGAACGAUCUAACACAACUGCAGCUUUGUGAGCGGCGCCCAGGCUCAAGCGCAAUUUUGUCUUUGAGGACGUCGUCAGAAGAUAAAAGGUCACAUUCCUUCUUCAAACUAGUCAAGAACCAUCUAGGCUGCUUGCCUGGGUGCACGAUACCUCAUGAAAUGAAAUCUUUAAACAAAAUACGCCCAGAUGAUGUGGUGAUGGGGUAAUAAAAGAAAGCAUCUCGCCUUCGUGUAGGCUGCCAUAACUGAGUUGCCAUGGUGAGAUGAGGUGGUGCCUAAGAGGAAGACAAGACGGGUGAAGAUAGGACGUGCCCACUCAUUCCAUUUAAUCUCAUCCAGCGUCCUACCGAGUGUGAUGGUGACGAAGCGCAAUCCGAAGGAGCAUCAGUGCUACCUUGAACACUUCGCGUGCGUGAACGCGGUCAUCUGUGAACAAUUGCCAAGAAAACUACGAAGAAAAGAGAGGACGUCAAGAGUUAUGUGUGCGUGCGUGCGUGUGUAUGAGGUGACAGAGUGAAUAAGGCGUGCCUGUUUGCGCGCAUCGGCGAGAAACAGUACUAGCACAGGUCCACACUAAUGAUUUUGUUCGGAUUUUUUCACGACUAUUUCUCCAUCUCUCCCGAACUAUUUCUUUUUGACAGCUGUCCUGGCUGUGUCCUUCAUUUGUUUCCCAUCUACCUGGUUUUUAAGACUAUUUUGUUAACACCCCAAGAGUUCAGUACAUCUUCGUAUAUAAAUGCAUCAUACGGACUUACGGCGCAAACUUUUAAGCUCUACAAUAAAAUAUAUAAUUAUUAUUACCAUCGACCAUU